AGCACAGUUUGGGAAUGCGCAUCCCACAGUGAACUCAAGGUCUUAGCUUGGCCAAAAUGCGGGAACCUCCCAGCAUCUCGAACAAAGCUUGGCAGUAAAGGCAUCACUAAUAUUUUCUGAAUGCAAGGAGGUAUUUGUAACAUGCCUUUCUGCACAAAUACGUGUGUGAAGCAAGAGGAUUGAUGCUGCAUUACCUUUCAUGACUGAGAUGCUACCAAUAUUGUUUUUCAACUACACUGUAAUGGGAAUUGUAAGUUUAGGUUGGUGGCUACUUAUGUUGCCAAUGAUGUGUCUUACUUUAUCAAGCAAGUCAGUUCCAAAGGUUGCAAAAGAAGAUUAUAAAGCAAUUGUUCUUCCAAAAACCUUUUCUCGAUCUAGUCAACUUGUGAGACGGGAGCUGGGAACUGAGGAGCAGGACAAACAGAUGUGUGGGGUGUCUGCUCCAGGCUGGAGCAAGUGGGAAACUCAGGGUAUAAUAAGGAAAUAUGACAGUGCUUUCUUGAAUGCAGUACAAAGGGAGUCAUGGGAAGCAGAGGACCUAAAAGUGUUUGGGAUAUGUCCUGAAGAAAAGCAUCAGGCUGCUCUGGAGGUACUCAAGCACUUUGUAAGUUUGCUUGCAAAGCCUCAAGAAAAACACCUAGUGAUCCUUCACAUGGAAAAAGUUGACUGGGAAGUUGGAACCAGCCUGCAUUUCAAGGGGGCUGUGAAGGGACAUGUCACUGCUCAUCUGCAACAUCCUCACUUAAUGUUGCUUGUCUUUCAUCUUGACACACAUAAGUCCUACAUGGAUCACCAUGGAUCUAAAAUUCUAGUGUCAGGAGAAGGAGUCCAACCAGAACAGGUGGCUUGUGUGUCAUUAAACACCCGCUAUCUUGUUAUGAGAGUAGGAGGAACUGCGAAGAACCAUCCUUCUGGAGACCUAAUGCUCCAUCUGUCUGUUCAUAUUAAAGGGCUUUCUAAUGGACUUUCUUUAACCAAUGUUGAACUUCAGAAGCUACUUUUUGGCACAGACAGAAAGUGCUCAACCAAGAUGACACCAGCACUGUUCAUGGUUAUUGGUGAGACCAGCAAAGAUGCACAAGAGAAUGAAGAGAAUGUCAGUCCAAGCUUUAGUACCCAAAUAAACCCAGCUACUCCUGCUGCUGAAAAGAAGGAUGCAUUCCUUGAGAUGCUAUCACAGUUCUCAAUGCUUCUGCUCAACUCUAAUGGUAAAGCAGCAUCUACUAUUAAACUUCCCCUUGACCCUAACGAUCACAGUGUUGGCGAUCUGCGUCCUCAGCUUUAUAAUGUCACAGAUAUACAAGCUUUGGAAUGGUUGGUGGACUCCAAUGAGCCUUUGGUUUUCCUUUUUCUAUCACAAAGCAAGUUUUUGCAAGGGACAACAGUGCUUCAAGAAAUGCUUGCUGGAAAGUUGCUGGAGAAGAUGACAGAUAAGCUUCAGGAGGUGCUGAAUGAUAUGGAAGAAUUUUUGUCAAACAACCAUCAUGCCCUUAUACUUCAACACCUCUUGAAUUCUUGUCAUGGCUCUUACAAUGUUAGCUAUUUGCCCACAGAAACAGAGAACAUAUCACAGGUGGGGGACAACCAGAACAGGAAGCUUCAUUCCUUGAUGCUUCUUAAGGUCCUUCAAACAAUUCGUUCUUAUUGGCAAGACCAAAAGAAGCUUUCUAGACGAAACCGGGGAACUGGAACCAAACCAUAUUGCCGCCUACAAGAACUGACUAUUAGUCUAAAGCCAUUUGCUGAGUACAAAGAUGUACUAUUGCCUGAGGAAAUCAAUAUCAAUAACUGUGUUGGGCCUUGCCGCUUUCCACAGACAACACAAAAUGACUACCAGACACAUGUGGUUCUUCUGAUCCAGCUUCAGGAAAGGAGUCAGUCAGGUCUUGCUCGCCCACCAUGCUGCGUACCUGUGAGAUAUGAAGAGCAAUGGCUUAUGGUUGUAGAAGAAAAUGGUAUCAGGAUUCAAAGUUACCCUAACAUGGUCGCUAAGGAGUGUGGUUGCAGAUAAUCUGAAGGAGUCCAAAAGUAGGACAGAUUCAUGUAAAUAUGAAACUACUGAUGAAAAAUAACUGCAAUGCUAAUUGGAAUGAUGUCAUUGUAAUAUUAUAACUACCCACUGAAAGAGUGGCAUAAAUAUAGGGGAAGCAGAACCUUCAGAGAAAGGGGGUCUGUUAAUAACAUAGCCUUCCUGCCACCCCACUUCAGCUUGUUCUCUGCAAAUCCCUGUUUCUGGCCCCAUAAAGUAGAUCACUGGUGCAUGGGGGGGGGGGGGGGGUGGGACAUGGGCUGUGGGUGGCUGGAAGAUACAUAAUUAUGGCACUGCACUUAAAGAUGUGUCGCAACACUCAAAAACGUUUAACACACACACAGCAAUACUUUAAUUAAAUAACAAUUUCAGGAUAAAUGAAGUUAAAAAAUAUGGUUUAUCUUCCCAUGCUUUCAUCCAGGGCCGGAACUAGGGGUAGGCAGAAGAGGCACCUGCCUAGCGCACAACGAUUGGGGGGUGCCAGGCAGGAGCCUCUCCUCCCUACCCCUAGCUCGUGCUCCUUUCUCUUGCCCCCACCGGUUUUCAUUACACGGUGGGGGCAAUGACUCCCUCCCUGCUUAACACAACUGCACAUGUGUGCACUUGGGAGGGGGGUGGGAGGUGCAGGGGUGAGGUGGCCGGCCAGGUUGCCUAGGGCACCCGGUCGUCUUGGCCCACCCCUGCUUUCAUGUUAUAAAAAAUGUAAGUACCCUAAGUAAGCCAUAGGGUUAUGUGUGCAUAGAACAUGCAUAUAAUUUUGUAUAUCUAUAUUAUGUACUGAUACACUCAUAAAACUUCAUAAUAAAGAAAUGCAAAGA